AUGACUUUGAGCCUCAUCUCCCUGCUGUCCCAGGACGUCACAGCCCUGUGGCUCCUGCUGAAGACAAGUGCAGCCUCCUUGCACCCGCCCACUCUGUGGCCCACAUCCUACCUCCUAGGAGCCUGUGAGACCACAACUGCAGCUGCCACUCUGGCGUUUUUAGCCUUGUCAGUCGCAGCAGGCCAAGAGCAAAGUGUGAACAUGUGGAGCAACCAGGUCCAGUGCCUUCCCAGCACCCAGGCCCACAGGGCAGUCCCAGAUCUACAGUAUGCCAAGGAGGCAGCUGAAGCUAGGGAGGGCACAGGCCACGUACCACCCCCUCCCUCAGGCCACAACUAUGAAAUCAUGCACCAGGACAUCGUCCCGCUCUGUGCCGCUGACAUCCAGGAGCAGCUGAAGAAGCGCUUUGCCUACCUGUCCGGUGGGCGGGGACAGGAUGGAAGCCCCGUCAUCACCUUCCCUGACUACCCAGCCUUCAGUGAGAUCCCGGACAAGGAGUUCCAGAAUGUCAUGACCUAUCUCACCAGCAUCCCCAGAUACCGAAAAUAUCUGUUCUCCUUUACACAGAAGAAAGUCCUGGGAAUUACAGGUUUGCAAGAUGCUGGCAUUGGCUUCAUCUUGGUCAUAGACCGGAGGCAGGACAAAUGGACCUCUGUGAAGGCAUCAGUCCUGCGAAUAGCCGCGUCUUUCCCAGCAAACCUGCAGCUCGUCCUCGUUCUCCGGCCCACGGGCUUUUUCCAGAGAACCCUCUCCGACAUCGCCUUCAAGUUCAACAGAGAUGACUUUAAGAUGAAAGUGCCGGUCAUGAUGCUAAGCUCAGUGCCAGAACUACACGGCUACAUUGAUAAAUCGCAGCUGACUGAGGACCUUGGGGGGACCCUGGACUACUGCCACUCCAGGUGGCUGUGCCACCGCACAGCAAUCGAAAGCUUUGCCCUGAUGGUGAAGCAGACAGCCCAGAUGCUGCAGACCUUUGGCACGGAGCUGGCUGAAACAGAACUGCCGAAUGAUGUCCAGUCAACCAGCUUGGUGCUCAGCGUUCACACAGAGAAGAAGGCUAAAGCAAAGGAGGACCUUCAGCUGGCACUGAAGGAGGGGAAUAGCAUCCUCGAGAGCCUCAGGGAGCCACUGGCUGAGAGCACUUCCCACAGCGUGAACCAGGACCAGCUGGACAACCAGGCCACUGUAAAGAGGCUUCUGGCCCAGCUGAAUGAGACCGAGGCUGCCUUUGACGAGUUCUGGGCAAAGCAUCAGCAAAAGCUGGAGCAGUGCCUGCAGCUGCGCCACUUUGAGCAAGGUUUCCGGGAGGUCAAGACCACAUUGGAUUCUAUGUCCCAGAAGAUAGCCGCCUUCACUGAUGUUGGCAACAGCCUGGCACACGUGCAGCAUCUCCUGAAGGACUUGACCAGCUUUGAGGAGAAGUCCAGUGUGGCUGUGGAUAGGGCCCGAGCCCUGUCACUGGAAGGUCAGCAGUUGAUUGAGAACAAACACUAUGCUGUAGACUCCAUCCACCCCAAGUGUGAGGAGCUCCAGCACCUCUGUGACCACUUCGCCACUGAGAUCACCAGGAGGAGGGGCCUCCUCAGCAAGUCCCUGGAGCUGCAUAGCCUCCUGGAAAUGUCCAUGAAAUGGUGUGAUGAGGGAAUCUUCCUGCUGGCCUCACAGCCCGUAGACAAAUGCCAGUCCCAGGAUGGUGCCGAGGCAGCCCUACAGGAAAUCGAGAAGUUUUUGGAGACUGGUGCAGAAAAUAAGAUCCAGGAGCUCAAUAAGAUUUACAAAGAUUAUGAAUGCAUCCUCAACCAGGACCUUCUGGAACACGUGCAAAAAGUCUUUCAGAAGCAAGAGAGCACUGAGGAGAUGUUCCACCGCAGGCAGGCCAGCCUGAAGAAACUGGCAGCCAAGCAGACACGGCCCGUGCAGCCUGUGGCUCCCCGCCCAGAGGCGCUCACCAAGUCCCCCUCCCCCUCACCAGGCUCCUGGAGAAGCUCCGAGAACUCCAGCUCUGAGGGCAGUGCACUCCGGCGAGGGCCCUACAGGAGAGCCAAGAGUGAAAUGAGCGAGACCCGGCAGGGCCGCACCAGCUCCACGGGGGAAGAGGAGGAGAGCUUAGCCAUCCUGCGCAGACAUGUGAUGAAUGAGCUCCUGGACACAGAGCGGGCCUAUGUAGAGGAACUGCUCUGUGUCUUAGAGGGCUAUGCCGCGGAAAUGGACAACCCCUUGAUGGCACACCUCAUCUCAACAGGCCUGCAAAACAAGAAGAACAUUCUGUUCGGAAACAUGGAGGAAAUCUAUCACUUCCAUAACAGGAUAUUCCUGCGGGAGCUGGAGAGCUGCAUAGACUGCCCAGAGCUGGUGGGGAGGUGUUUUCUGGAGAGGAUGGAGGAGUUCCAGAUCUACGAGAAGUACUGUCAGAACAAGCCACGGUCCGAGAGCCUGUGGAGACAAUGCUCCGACUGUCCCUUCUUCCAGGAGUGCCAGAAGAAGCUGGACCACAAGCUGAGCCUGGACUCCUACCUGCUGAAACCUGUGCAGAGAAUAACCAAAUACCAGCUGCUGCUCAAGGAAAUGUUAAAAUACAGCAAGAACUGCGAGGGGGCAGAGGACCUACAAGAGGCACUGAGCUCCAUCCUUGGCAUCCUCAAGGCGGUGAACGACUCCAUGCACCUCAUCGCCAUCACUGGCUAUGAUGGGAACCUCAGUGACCUGGGGAAGCUGCUGAUGCAAGGCUCCUUCAGUGUGUGGACAGACCACAAGAAGGGCCACACCAAGGUGAAGGAGCUGGCCAGGUUCAAGCCCAUGCAGCGGCACCUGUUUCUGCACGAGAAGGCAGUCCUCUUCUGCAAGAAGAGGGAAGAAAAUGGGGAGGGGUAUGAGAAGGCCCCUUCCUACAGCUACAAGCAGUCCUUGAAUAUGACAGCAGUCGGCAUCACAGAGAAUGUGAAGGGUGACGCCAAGAAGUUUGAGAUCUGGUACAAUGCAAGAGAGGAGGUUUACAUUAUCCAGGCCCCAACUCCUGAGAUCAAAGCAGCAUGGGUGAAUGAAAUUCGGAAGGUUCUGACCAGCCAGCUUCAGGCCUGCCGAGAAGCCAGUCAACACAGAGCCCUGGAACAGUCACACAGCCUUCCUCUGCCCACGCUAUCCAGCACCAGUCCCACAAAAGGAAACACAAGAAAUGUCAAGAAGCUGGAAGACAGGAAGACAGACCCACUGAGCCUGGAAGGAUAUGUGAGCUCGUCGUUGCCAAAGCCCCCUGAGAAGGGCAAAGGCUGGAGCAAAACAUCCCACUCACUGGAAGCCCCUGAGGAAGAUGGAGGCUGGUCCAGUGCUGAGGAGCUCGUCAAUUCAUCUGAUGCAGAGGAAGAUGGUGGAGUGGGCCCCAAGAAGCUGGUUCCAGGUAAAUACACAGUGGUGAUGGAUGAUGAGAAGGAGGGCCCUGAUACCCUUGCCAUGAGAAGUGGAGAUAUGGUGGAAGUCGUGGAAGAGGGCGCCGAGGGGCUCUGGUAUGUCCGAGACCUGACCAGCAGCAAGGAGGGAUGGGUGCCAGCCAGCAGUCUGUCCACCCUCCUGGGCAAAUCCAGCUCAGCUCAGUGUCUGAGCAGCUCAGGUGUGCAGAGGAAAGGGCCAGAGCCGAAGUCUGUCUCCACUGGUUUCCCGCAGACUCCAGUCCAGGGUCAGCCGUGCUGAGCAACUCCUCCAGCUGCAGCGAGGGCUACCCCACUCCCUUCUCCGAGCUCCAGGGAUAGUGGCCAGGCCUCUGUGGCAGGCACUCGAGGCCACCGUGCAGUAGACCAGCAUGCAAAUCUCUAAGUUUUCUUUUGCUUGGGCUUGCUUAGUGUGGGAGGGGAUGGUGCUCCAAGACAUCUGGAAACAGGAGGACCCUAUCCACCAUGGGCUUCAGAGGACACUGGGGCCUUGGCACCAGGACUGCACUGCAUGUGCAGAAUCCAGGAGACAACAGUCCACCACCAAAGCUACUUUAAAAACUCCAGAGUGGACAGAGGAGGGGCUAUGGGUCAGGAGACCCUGUGCAGAAAGGUGGGAGAUGCCCUUUCUCAUACUUGGGCAGCCAACAGACCCUGCUGUGCAGCCUCUCCAAGGUGUCCUGACCUCUCUGGUGCUUUCUGUGGGACCAUCAUCCUGAGGAAGGCACUUCUAACAGGAGUGGACAGUUUUCUACCAACAGCCCAGGAGGGGAUCAAGGGACUCUUGUCUUUUAUAAGUUUUUGAUUUUUUUUAAACAGGGAUUAAUCCCAUGGCCAUUUUUGUGGUACUCUGGCCUCAAAUCUUUACCAAGAAUCACUGUGUUUACAUGAAAUGACAAUUUGAUACUGUAUUUGAUAUAAAACUAUUUUUUGUUACUGGGGUUUACAUCGAAGCACGUUGUUUAUACAACUAAAUGGUUUUGGGGGCACUCUCACUGAGACCUGGCACUUCCUGGAACACAUCCAUCCCAGGUGAAGGAAGAGCUGGUAAGUCAGGGGCGUCUCCUCCACCAGAAGCAGUCAGAAAUCACCGAGAGUCUCACAUCCGCAUAGGUUUUGUUUCCACGAGAAAUGUAAAGUAUAAUUUAAAAUAUUAACCUUCUUUUCUACAAUAAAAAGGAGACUCUCCGUUUUUUUAAAAGAAUAUCAUUAAAUUAGGAUAUUUUUUAUUAUUUUUAAAGAAAAUGUAAAAAUCCAUGCUGUCAGCCAUCCCCAGCAACACAGGCACCGGCUGUCUGUCCACGUCAGGGCAGGCCCCACCUCCCCUCCCCUAGCUCAUGAGGGGCCAGUGAUGGCAGAACUGCCACGAGAACUGUUGUUCCCUGCCUUUUUGUGUGUGUCUGAGAAACAAAUUCUGUUCUUUGGAAACGUUCUGUGCCUAGUAGGGCAAUAUUUUUAUAUGUAUGUAUGUAUGUAUAUAUGUUCACGUGUGUACAUAUGGUCUGGGUGUAAAGGAUGUAUUUAUGCUCUCAUGCUGCUGAAUAUUUGUCACUUUACGGUCCCUCCCUGUCUCCUCACCCUGCUGCCAUGGGAGGCCACCGAGGCUCGCUCACCACUGUAUGUCCAGGUAAAAUGCCCUCCUACCCGGCCCUAUGGCUUGCAGAGCCAUUACUGGCCACACCUUCAGAGAAUGGUAAUAAAAUAAAAACUGCAAAAAUUC